GAUGCAGCCGAGAAGCCAUCGUACCGAGGAAGAGCGAACCAGCGCCUCUGCUCGUGCGAGCCAGUCGAGUCCGUAUCUAGCUGAGAGCGAGUCACCACCAGAGACAUCUCAGCUCCAAUCAACACCUUCGACAGCAACUCGUCCACAAUCUCCCUCUCUGGCCCUCCGAAGCACCAUGCCAUCGUGUUCCUGACCAUCACAACCACCUCCCAUCGUUAGCAGCAAAUCACCGAUCGAAUCGAAUCUCAAUUGUCACCCAGCCAUCGCGUCGAAGCCGCCACCAUGUUCCAGGCAACGCGCAACUUCGUCAACCGCAACCGUAGGAACCUAGCCGUGGGCUUUGGCCUUGUCGGCGCGGGAUACAUAGCCGUGCAAUAUGUCGGCAACAAGCUCUCCGAAGCGCGGAACCGCAUGAUGAGCGAGCGAGUAGCUAAGGAAAACAUCAACCGACGCUUCCAACAGAACCAGGAAGACUGUACAUACACCGUUCAAGCGCUGCUCCCCACCGCGACGGAAAACAUAGUCAAGGAUCUCCCCGUGGAAUCCCUAACGCAUGAGCUACAACAGAAGAAGGCGGCGCGGAUCGCAAAGAGUACGGCAGUGUCAACGAUAGAUGUGGCGUCUGAUGCGGGGCUCGCACCUUCCACCGCUACGGCGCCCGUGGUCGCGUCCAUGAAGGAAGACGAUAAUCAGUCGCUACAGUCGUUCGCAUCCGAGACGUUCUCCGCGGUUCCUGGGCGCGAUGCCGGGGAAGGAGGUUCUGCGGCGCCGGCCGAGAAGGUCCAGCGCAAGACGAAACUGCAGCUGUGGGAUGAGAUCAAGAUCAGCUCUCUCACCCGGUCGUUUACACUGCUCUACACGCUCUCGCUAUUGACGCUUCUUACACGCGUACAACUUAACCUCCUUGGCCGCAAGAAUUACCUCUCUUCUGUGAUCUCUCUCGCCGAGCGCAGCGACAAUGACCCCACUAUCCGACUCGAGGCGCACGAUAAAGACACUGCCGCCACCGUCGGCGGCAUCGACAUCGAAACGAACCAGCAAUACCUUACCUUCUCAUGGUGGCUACUUCACCGCGGAUGGCGAAUUCUCUGCGCACGUGUAGAGGCUGCCACAAAAGAGAUCUUUGGACCACUCACCCCGCGCGACACGAUAACCCUUGGCCGAUUCCGCGAGCUCGCAAUGGAAGUCCGACGCAUCGUGGAGACACCGGCACCCGGCGAGGCGACCUCCAGCAGCCCCGACGAAAUCGCCUGGCUGGCCUUCCUCCUCCCUCCCCGCAGCGAAGAACCGACCGUCCUCGCCGAGUCCGGCACAGCCCCGCCAGACGCAGGCCCACAGACACCGUCCCCGAAACUGCGAAGAUUACUCGACGAAACCUCAGAUCUGUUGGAGUCGCCCAUGGCGUCGACCGUGCUGGCACACAUGCUAGCCGUCGGCUUCGAGAUGCUCAUCGAUGGCAAGCUUGCUAACCUCGCUUUUGUGUCGAAGGCUGCCACCGUGAUGCGUGCUCAUACUGCUCCGGGCACCGCGGAUGAAGAGAGUGAUGCCAGUGUUAUGCCCAGGAUUACGCCUGUCGUCGAGGAUUCUGCUGCUACAAAGUUUGCCAGUGUUCUUGCGGUGCUGGCGAGACAAGCACAUGACAUCGGUAGCGGUGCUGGAAAUGAGUAUCUGGCUGCCAUGGAGAAGGGAACACAGUUGGAGGGAUUCAGUGCGUUGGUUUACUCUUCGAAUUUUGAAUUUGCGGCGGCACAGGCACAGGAGUUGGAGCAGAUGUCCUCUUAGAUUGAAACGAUAGAGUACCUAGAUGAAAGAUGGGCCUGAACGUCUCUGACACGGGCCAGGGCGUCCGGUAUUUCGCAUAUUAGACUGGGAGGUACUUGGUUUCCCGAGUGACAGCGGGAAAUAUAAUGCAAAGCUUUGUUUUUUUUGUUUUAAUCAUUGGAAUAUAAUUCAAAGCAGACAAUCAAAAGUGGAG